CGGUGUUCGCGGAGCACACAAACGCGCGGCGGGUGACAGAUAGACGGACGGCUGGCGUGAAACGACGCGAUGAGUUUGACAGCGUCGACGAUCGACACCGAGUGACGCGCCUCCUCCUCUUCCUCCUCCUUCUCCUUCUCCGCCAUCUCCUCCUUCAUCACUCCUCCCCUCGUAUCCGGAAUUAUUACGAAUAAAAAAGCACGAGAGCGGCCGUUCGACAUGACAGAAAGAGGGAUGCGAUCGAGGAGAGUCCCGUGACAAAACGCACGUCUCGCCAGGCGUUUUAGGUGGUUAUUAUUAUUAUGGCAGAAUGGAUGAACAUAAAUUGCUAUUGUUGCUGAUAUUCCUUCUGGCAGGAUGGCAGGAGGCAGUGGCAGUGGUACCGAUACGGCACGUUGCCGUAGACGUCGGAAAAAGUCUGAGACUAGCUUGUGCCGAGGAAAGUGCCCUUCCACAUAAUGAGGAGUCCAAUGUAAUGUGGAUAAGAGAGGGACGGGAGGACGGGCAGAGCGAGCGAUUGACAGUUGAACCGAACGGCAUGCUGGAAUUGUUAAAUGUCAGCGUGGACGAUGCCGGCAAUUACUCGUGCACCUUGGACGACGAUGUCGACGCUGUGAAAGCUAAGAUCAACGUGGAAGUCAGAACACCUCCUCCAGCCUUGCACAAUGUGUGGGUCAAGCCAUCCACGAUAUUGGCCAACAUUCUCUGGGAAGUGGCUGGUACCGGCGGAUAUCCUAUUAUAGACUUCACUGCCGAAUAUCGUUUGAAACCAGUUGCAGGUGAAGAGCCAGAAGAAUGGAAGCCAAUUAUUCCAACACACAUUCCUCCAAAUUCUAGACAAAUAGAUGUGUACCACUUGGUACCAAACACUACGUACUCGUUCCGAGUGUGGGCAACCAAUCAGUUGGGAAAAGGAGAGAUCGUGGAGGUCGAGGGUCACACACAUUACAGUGUAGAAGAAUUGGAGCUCGCCCGACACCUUUUAGCCGGCGUAGAGAAUUUCGAUACACGCGUAUGGGUGGCAGCCGUAGGUAUUGUGAUGGGCACACUUUUGAUUCUUGGUUUAGGUACAUGUUACCUACUCUAUCGCGAGUGCAAGACACCCUCGCAGCUGGAGGAGCAGGAGGUGAUUGAGCUCGUCCCCAACAUCAUUCUGAAUCCGGGAUUUUUUGAUGAGCGCACAGAACACGUACCGCAGGACGAGAACUUCAACAAUCAGACGACUACGCGCCUCAACAACAACAGCGUCGUGCAACCUAGGCGGCUUUAGCAUUUUUUGUUUAGCUUAGAUAUAUUGUUCCGCUCCAAAGUGAGCAAGUUGGACGCAGUUUUCCACAUGUACAUCAUUUCGAACGUAAGUAACCGAAUUUAUCGAAAAGGCCUCGAGUUUGUCUAAAAAAAAAGUGAAUAACAAUGAUCGACGAAGUCGAAAGACUAUUAAACACAAGACUCUGAACGAUCAUGGAGAAAGCAGAAUACUUCGGGGAAAUUUCGAGGGAUACUUCGGCGAAUCGUCAGUAGCUCAGAGUGCCUCGCUGAUUUCCUCGGGAUUUCUCUUGCAAUCGGAGAUCGAAAAAAAGAAAGUGAGAGAAAGAGAACUGGCUUUUAUUCUAAAAGGGUUCUAGAGCCCAUGUCUCUUUAACGUGAUUUUAAGAAGAUUCCCGUUGGACAUUUAUAGAAAAUUGCUCUAUUAUUCUUGGAAGAUUUAUAAGGAAUUUCAAAGCUAAGACGUAGAUUUUUAUAUGCGCAGUAAAAUAGAGGAGAAUGUAAUUUAGAUAGAUUAAAGCUCAUUUUUUAGAAAUACGGGAGAUAACUCUCCCUAUCAAAAUAUUAUAAUAAUAUUAAACGAAUCAUGAUUUCAAAGAAACAAACGAGACUGGCGAAGCGGAAGGAAUUGAAAAAAAGAAAAUAAAGAUUCUCAUUCUCGUUCGAUCUCCGAUGUCACAACGUAACAAUGAAGUGUUCAAAAUCAGAAUGUAAAAUUCCACGUCAGAUUUCUUCACGCGAGAGGAGAUAGAUUUUCUAAUGAAACGCUUACCGCAGGAUAGCUCUCUGUCUCCCUCGCGUAUCAUUUCUCAAUAAGACACACUCACAAAUGAUUGCUCAGUGAUCGAGCUUAAGAAAAAGUGGAACUCCUGUGAGCCAAAAGAAAUGUAGUAAGACUGUAACUCUAAGAGUAUAAUCUAAAAGAACUUGAAGUGAAUCUUACACGUAAUGAACGAAUAAUAUUUAAAAAAAGACGAAGAUGCAUUUUGCGUUUGCGUUUACCUUUUGGAAAAAGUGACGCAAUAGCAUGCAAGUAUUGAGAUUUUUUUAACAUGCUCAUUUAUCGUUUAAGCAAAUCGGAUCAUACGUAUAUAUAUCUAUAUAUAUAUAUACAGUAUGACAAACUUACUGCCGUUUUAAGGUGUGCGCAAGUCGUUAAAAGAUCCUUCCUAUUGGAAUUUUGCAAGUCUCUUUUCCGUUACAAAUUUAUCUUCGUUCCUCUUUUGCGUCUCAGACGCGCUACUGUUCGUUAUGUGCGCUCUUUGUGUGAAAAAUCCCGCGAAUUCGAAAGGAUUUUGUAGGAUGAGAGAAUAUAAUAUCGUUUUAAUUCUUUUAACAGUUAACAUACGAGCUUUUAUUUUUUUACGUACGCGUUUACAUUAUUUUGCCCGUAAUAUUUUUCACGCUAGUAAUCUAUAUGCGAUUAUUUGAGGGAUGCGCAAUAUAUCGCUUCGACACACAUCUGCACCACAUCUAUAAUAACCAUCACAUCUAUGUCUGCGACUCACACACGUUGUUUCGUAAGAAAAAUCAAAUUUUCUCAAACAGCGACUAAUAAGGGAGGGAAAAAAGAAACGAACGGAACUCUGCGAAGCACAAGUAUCAAUAGGUGUAAUAAACGGGAAGAGAUACGUGACGUUCCACUUCGGUGGCACCGUUUUUUCCCCCGAUGAUACGCGAUCGAUGUCGUGUUUUCUAAUUAAGAAAGAAGUCCGCUUGUAUCCUUUCAUUAGCGCUGUCGGAAAAUAAAGGGCGACCGGGAAGUGGAUCGCCCUACAGCAGCCUACAAGCGUCCGCGAGGAGUAACAUGCAUUUUCUUUGCGUCGCGUGCAAUAAUGAGAUUUCAAUAAUCACUAGCACUUAAUUAUACACUUAAUGUUUAAAUAAGAUGAGAUAGAAACACGUUACAUAUUUUGAAUAAUGCUAGACGUGGAUGAAUCUCUGCUGAUAAUUGAGCAACUGGACAGUCUACAACACUGCGUCGGGACAUUACGUCUCGCGCGUGUAUACGGGAUUUCAAAUGUGUUAACGGCAGUUGACGGAUGGAUUUCUGCUAAUGAAAAUGAAUGUUUGAUGUAGAGCAGUAGUCGAUUUCAAUGAAUACAUUGUUCCGUUAUAGUUUUGCCCAUUUGAUUAUUUGAUUUGUUACAAGAAAUGCAACACUUUGAGAUAUUUGUUAAAAUUUGUACAGCUUUAGCUUUUUCUCGGAUAUAUCGGAUCCUAUAAUUUUUCUAUAACUUGUAAAAUUAUUUUAUAUAAUAAUUCGCACAUUCUCUGUAUCAGAGACGGUAAUAUUUUAAUUAAUUAAAUUGAUUAAAUUCACUCAAGGCAUAAUGACACGCAUAGACACGUAUAAGUUUCAUGCCAACUGUAAAGUAUGACGAGGUACUUUAAUGCACGCAGGUUGUAUAAAAAUUGGUUGUGCGUUGUUACAUUGAGGCUUUGCAUUUGCUUCUUCUUUUAACGCACAUUCUUGAAUACAUGCGUGCAUGUAUGUACAUACGUGUACGUGUGUGUGAAAGACUGGUGAUAUGAGAGUAAGCGAAUUGACAUUCAGCUUCGUACUAUGCACUCUGUGUUGUGAAUGGUAUAGAUAUAUAUAUACAUAUAAGAAAAUAAUACAAUAAUUAUAAUAAUGAUAUAAAAAUACGUGUAUACACACACAUAUAUACAUAUAUAAUAUAUUUAUAUAACCGAGACAUUAUGCUAUUUUAGGUAUAAGUAAAGACAAUUUUUUAUAUACAUUACGAUUAUAAUGCUAAAACCUGAUGAUAAUAUUUAUCUAUAUGUCGAGAUAGACGAUGAUUCUAUGAUACUAUAAUGAUACCACGUCUGGCUUUGCUAAUCGACGAAUCUCGCUCACGAAAGUUACUUAUGUAGUGCAUCCCUCUUUAAUUUGCCACGGAAGAGUCGUAUUAUUUUCGCCCACAUCAAUGCAAAUCGCUAUAUUUAAGAACAACGUAUGAAAACAAAAAUUUAAACAAAAGUUAAAUAAAAAAUUAUAAUAAUGUAGAUUUUCAACACGAUUAUAAAUUUAAGUUUUUAUAAAUUAUAUAAUAAUAAUAAUAGUGAUUAUUUACAACUGUAAUUAUAAGAUUAUCUUCUAUAACGAUAUAGUUAAUUAUAAUUAAUUUAAUUCUUUUGCGAUUUGCAAAGUACUAUGAAUGGAGCUAUUUAAUUCUUCGGCUAAUACGGCUCUUCAGAUUUCCAACAUUAGAAAUUUUAAAUAUAACCCUUUACUUUUUAUCAAAUGUAAUAUUAAAUAUAACAACCUAAUGCCUAUAGCAAAAACUACUAAAGAAAGCCGCUUUGUCUCAGAGACGAAACGGCAAUAAGUAUAAUCCAACACAAAUUAUUCUUAUAACUAUUGCUAAGCUGAUAAAGAUUGCGAUAACAAACUGUUAAAAAAACAUCGUGCGUCAUGGAAUUUCUGCCAUUGUACUGUGUGGAGGGAAUAGCAUAUCUACACGCAUAGAUGUAUUCGUGUAAUGGAGAUUAUUUUUUUUAUAUAGAAAAAACGCAUCCGCUACUAAUUCUUAUCACUAUAGUAAGUGAAAAAUGAUAAUGGCAUUCUGACGAACGAAGAAUUGACGUGCACACCAACCGCGCGCUUUAUAUAUAUUUAUAUAGCAAAUAUAUUUUCUAUUCCUUUCUACAGUUUAGGAUUAAAUAAGAAAAUCGCCGAUGAUAGAUGGGCGCAAGCAAACAAAAAAUUAACUGGGUCAUGAAUCGUGAUGUAGAAGGAAAUAUUUGAUGAUGUGAUGAGAUUAUAUAAUUGUGAGUGUAAACGUACACCUACAGUAAUAAUGGCAGAUAUUUUAUAUUCAUAUCAUAAACACGAUAAUAAUCUAUGUGCUAUUGUAAUAAUCCCUAUAGGUGCAAUUUUCAGUAUGUUUGUAAUUUUUAAAGUGAGACAUCGAGAGAAGACAAUCCUGAGAAAACAAUUUCCCACUGUUAAUUUUCAGAUUUUCAUUUUGCGCUCUUAUAAAUUCUUUUGUAAAUAUUCUUAAUUUGUUCCUUUAUAACUACUAUAAAACUUAUUAACUUACUUAACAUAUUUUUAGUAUCAUAUAAGAUUCUAAAACGGAUUCUUCUUUCUAAAGUUUUAACAAUUUUUCUCUGAAAAACAAUUGAUUUUUCCAGAUCACAUUUCUUUUAUAUUGCAAUGUGUGUCCUUUCAUCGAUGCCUCACAUUAAAUUCGUUUCUUUUUUUUCUCUUUUUAUUUAUUAAUGUAUUUUUAUCUUCUUCCGCGAAUAGUUCUCCCCGCUUCUCUGAAAUUUAUCUGAUCAGUUCACCUGCAUACUAUCGUUGCAUCGCUUAUGUAACAGCACCAUCGCGUUAAAUGUAUAUCGCGUGCAUGAUUAAUCGUUCUCUUAUAUCUUGCAUAAUUGUCCCCGAUAUACCUCGAUGAUUAGUGCACUCUUUGACGAAAAACGUAUAUAUUAAGCGAAGCACAAUGCCAAUAGAAUAUAGUAUGUUUAUGGUCGCUAGUGCCACCAUGUAUCGUCCCCCAACAUACAUAUUUGCCUGCCUAAUUACAUCCCGACGUGCGAUGAACAUAUGCGUGUGAUUUCUACAAGAGAAAAAAAGAGAAAAAAAAAACGCUACGGCUUCUUCCAUGAUAUGACAGAAUGUACCGAUAGUUUCGUAGUACGUAAUUCAUGUCAGAUUACUGGAUGUUUUCCUACUAUGCGACUAGAAAAUCUUAUUUGUUUCUUUUCGUAAAAAUUGCCGCACAUCGCUGGCAUAGCACUGUUCGUGACACUUAAGACCCUCAUGUCGCGAAUACAUAAUUUGAUUCGAUUUGUUGAUAAUUUAUUAUAAUUAGUGCAUAACAAACUGUAUAUUCGGGAUCGGAUUUUAGGGUACAUUCCGAGAUGUAGAAAGAAAUUAUAAUUAUAAUUAUGUAGAGUAAUAUUAAUUAAUUCUAAUUGAUUCUGUAAAUAUUAUUUUUUUAAAUGUAAUUCUAUUUGCGACGUAUUAUAAUUUGUAAUUUAAUUAUUUAUAAUUAUAAUAUUAAUUUAUAACUUUAGCUAGUCAGCUUUUAAGCUUAUAUAAUCAUUUAUUUUCUUUUUUAAAUUUUAUUUAUUUUCUUUGUCCUUUAAAAAAUCUUUUUACAAAUUCUUCGUCUUGUUUUGUUGUUAAUUGGAUCUUAUUGCAUUUAAAAUUAUUUUAGAUCUGUGAUGUAGAUAAUAAAGGAAAAUCCGAUUCUGAAUGUAUUACGUACUGUUAAUGUAUUAUGUAUUAUGUAUUAUGUACUGUUUUAUAGCAUUUAGAUAAUGUCUUAUAGAAUUUUAUUUUAGUACAGUGCUGUGAGAUGGAGAGUAGGGGCCAUAAAUGACCAAAAAGAAUAGUUUAGCUUUAAUAAGUAUACUUAUGUUGUUACUAAUAAAUUGUUUUUGUUUGCUAGAUAUCUUAUCGUUUUUUCUGUUAUACUCUGUUGCGUUUAUGUAUAACUUAUUGUUUUUCUUCCUUUUGAAUUGAUCUUUAUGUUAUGUAUAUUAUUUUACUGUAUCAAUAAAAAUCUCAGUCAACAGUA